AUGGCAACUUCCACUAUCCCUUUCCUCUCUGUCGCCACCGCUCUUCUCCUUUUUUGCCUCUUUUUUCACCUAACAACAUCUUCUCGUUACAUGUUGAACGACCAAGAAACGCCAUCGAUAGUGUCGUUCGAAGCCCCUCUUGACCCCACUCUACCAAUUCCUUCAGAAACAGAUCAAACGCCGCCAAUACCUGAAGAAGAUCCAAUUUUACCAGCAUUGCCGAUAUCUUUCCCGGAACCCGACCCGACUUUGAGUAACCCUAAUCCAGAGCAGGAGGUUGCAGGCAACUUUACUCCCGUCGUUCCUUCACUUCCCAGCUCGUCCCCUCAGCUGCUGCCUGAUCUUCCUCCUUUGCCUUUCAUCUCUACAUUCCCCUUCGGUCCCGGACUCGAUAAUUCUGGCUUAACUUCUCCUCCAAGCGACCCAGAACUUCACAUCUGA